AUGCUAAACCGGCAGCUCCUACCCAUCGAUGCCCUACCGGCAUGGGCCCAGCUCAAUGGCAUCAAAUUCCACGACAUCGAGUUUAAAAAGCUCGAGUAUGGGUCUGGUAUAGUCGCCAAAACAGAUAAAGAAUAUUCUUCCGCUCAAGAAGCGGCGGAGAAACCGGAGAUAUUGAUGACUGUUCCUCCUGACAUGGUAUUGUCGCUUGAUUUGGUGCACGAGUUUGCGAAAUCGGAUCCGUAUUUGAGGGCGGUGUUGGAGGCUAGUGGUGAUUUUGGGUGGACUGCUCGCGGGGCCAUCCUCAUAUUUCUGCUCUGCCACAUCACAUACGCAAGCAAUACACACGCCAAAAUAGGCGUCCAAAACCCCUGGUCGGAAUACAUCAAAUUCCUACCCAGUGAAACCUUACUUCCUACAUUAUGGACAGAAGACGAACUCGUCUUACUCUAUGGCACAUCUCUGAAAGAUGCCGUGGAUCACAAACUAUCCGCUCUUGAGGCAGAGUUUGAUCGUCUUCGGGACGCCACGCGAUCUAUCGCUUGGUGUGAAAGGGAAUGGUGGGAUGAGGAGACGGGUCAAUUGACGCUGGAUGAUUGGAAGAUUGUGGAUGCCAUGUAUAGGUCUAGAGCGUUGGAUUUGCCGGGCUCGGGACACGUGAUGGUUCCCUGUGUGGAUAUGGCUAAUCAUGCAUCGGGCGAGGAGACCGUUGCGUUGUAUGAGACGGAUAAGGAGCGGAAUGCGGUGUUGCAACUUCGAUGGGGGAAGAAACUCAAGCGAGAGGAGGAGGUUACUAUAACUUAUGGAGAUGAGAAAGGGGCAUCUGAAAUGGUCUUUUCAUACGGCUUUCUGGAGAACUCGGUCGAGGACGCACGACAGCUGUUCUUACCGAUUGAUAUACCAGACGAUGAUCUGCUAAAACAAGCUAAGAAGAGAAUCUCGGGGAAAAAGACCGCUCCAGGCCUACGAUUGGCCGUAGAAAAUGGCAAAACAGUAUGGGAAAGUGACUUUAUAUUCUGGGGGUGCGUGAAUGAAGAAGACGGUCUCUCCAUUGAGAUGAUUCAACCAGUCGAAGGACCAGUGGAACUCAAGGCUCUAUGGAAAGGCGAAAUCGAGAUCGGACAAGUCAUCCCAGGAUUACCGCCAAACUCAAAUCUGAGAGAGUUGCGAACUAUUCUUUCCCAGGACCCGCUUUGGGAUUUGUUCCAGUUACGUGCAGCGGUGCUGGUGCAGCAAUGCUUGCAAUCUCGCGUAGAAAUGCUGGGAGGGGAAAUGGAGAUGGCGUUUGAGAGUGUAGAACAUGAUGCGGACGGUAGUCAGACCGGCGUCCGUAGUGCGGUUUACGAGAUGAUUCGGAAACUUCGGCUUGGGGAAACUGCACUGUUACAGUGGGGUCUGAAGGAUCUUGCUAACGAGAUCGACCAGUUGAUGGCUUCGCAAGCAGUCCAGGAGUAUCUCAAGCAGCAGCAACAACCGGAAGAAGAAGACUUUUCGUGA